ACACCGAUAACCAGCAUGCCGAUCAAGGUUGGUCAGCGUCUCCCAGCUGUGGAGGUGCAGGAGGAAGACCCGGGAAACAGCCUCUCAAUGGCUGAACUCUUCAGCUGUAAAAGAGGAGUGCUGUUCGGCGUCCCUGGAGCCUUCACUCCUGGCUGCUCUAAGACUCAUCUCCCAGGCUUCAUACAGAUGGCUGGGGAAUUGAGGGCCAAAGGUGUGGAUGAGGUUGCAUGCAUUUCUGUUAAUGAUGUGUUUGUUAUGUCCGCCUGGGGAAAACAGAACGGAGCAGACGGCAAGGUGCGGAUGUUGGCUGAUCCCACAGGAGCCUUCACUAAGGCUGUGGAUCUUGUCCUAAACAAUGCUCAACUGAUCCCGGUGCUUGGGAAUUUGAGGUCUCAAAGGUAUGCCAUGCUGAUUGAAAAUGGAGUGGUGACUAAGCUCAGCGUGGAGCCUGAUGGGACUGGCCUGACCUGCAGCCUGGCAUCAAACUUUCUGGCUGAGGUCUAAAGAGCUACAUCCAGCUUACAACCAAUUCAUCAGUCACUCUCUAGUCAUAAACCAGACUGCCCAAUCGUAAUAAAAAAAUACAGAUAUGUAACACUGACAACACUAUUGCUUAUGUUGUGGAAAAACCCAUGUGAAAACAUGUUUACUAAGAGCAGUAAUUAAUUCCUUCGUAUUUUAAUGUGGGAACAAAGCACAAGUUUGGCUGUAAACCGCACAAAUCUUUUCAUUCUGACUGUUACGUAUUGUAACCUAUAGUAUUUACCCAAGCAGCAAUAAAUAUUUCUUCAUGACUGCA